CCUUAUCGAUUAAAAUGAGACAACUGGUGUUGUAAAAUAUGAACAUUAUUAUUUUUAUGAUGAGACAAAUGGUGCUGUACAGUAUGAAUAUCAUUAUUUUUCUGCAACUGAUAUUUUGCAUCCAAACUGCACUCAUGGAAUGUAUUGGAACUGAUGGUAUUGUUUGCUGCGAUGGAUAUCAAUGGGAUAAUGUUCUUCAAGCAUGCAAAGAAUGCACGCCAGGCUUCAUUGGUAUUGGUUGCGGCAUAUCUUGUCCUUUCCCGUAUUAUGGAGCACACUGCAAGAAAAGGUGUUCGUGUGUACGUGAAUAUUGCAAUGUCUCCAUUGGAUGCAUGCAUAAAUACAGGUUCAGUAAAUCUACUCAAGCAAAGAUUUUGGAUCACACGACGAUUUCAUUUUUGAAGGGCGAAAAUUACAGUUCAGACAAAGAUGAUGGUUUAAUGCCGUUCUAUUCUUCAACUUUCCCAACAACGAAUGCAGCACCUGCAAUGGAAAAAGAUGACAAAAUAAUUGCAAGUGGUCCAAUGUUUUGGGGACUUUUUGGAAUAAACGGAACUUUAUUAUUGUUAUUUGCAUCAUAUAUAUUCGUCCGCAUUCACAAAGCCUAUAGACGUAAUGCAUUUGAAGAGACACCCACACAUCACAAUGGAGAACAAGGAAGAAGACUCUCCGCAAAUGUGCACUAUAUUUUACCCCAAAAUAUUUCGCUCGAAUUGCAAGAGAACCAGAUCUACAAUGAUAUUGAUAAGUCUAGUUCCGGGGAAUCGUGCCCACCUGACGAUGAACUUUUCGGUACUUUUCAGAAUUGUGAACCUAUGAUUUGCACUGGGGUAUUGAAGUGUGAUAUUGAAAACAGAAAAUUGGAACACGAAACAGAAUAUAAGCAGCCAAUAUCAAACCUUAAUCAUAUUCAAGAGAAGGAACAAGAUGUAGUUGGAGGAUACUUAACUGUUAUUUGCGAAUAAAAUAUAUCCAUACAGAAUCUAAGAAUCGAGUAACAUUUUCAUCAAUUUCCAUAUACAUGUUAACCUUUUCUGAGUUUAUUAUUCUCUUUCAAUACUUUCAACAGACUGUUUCUGCAUCUAAAUGCAUCUAUACAAACAUUAAUAUUCAUCAUUUAUUGUUGAUAUAGUUUAUGCUGUAUCUGAUAGUUUCCUUCAUUGAAUAUGAUUUGUCACAUAGCCAUUUAGAGACCAGGUGCCGAAUUGAUAUGUACAUGUAUAUAAAGAUUCGAUCAGACCAAUGCAAAUUAUGUAACAUCGAGGUUUACUGGAACAUGCCUUUUAUAUCCUGUAAAUUGGCCCCAUCUAGUGAUUCUGAAGCUUGAGUUUGCUUUUUGUUCAAAAAUUUAUAUUUAUAAGUGGUUGAUAAUUAAAC